UUUCUAGGCAAAUACAUAUCCCAUCUUUUUUCAAAAUCUUUAAAGGCUCUCAAAACCGCAAUGCUUCAUAGCUCUUGAACCUCAUCAUCAGGUUUUGUUUGAAGCUCACCAACAAGAACAAAUUGAAGUAUAUGAUUAUGAUUAUGGGUAUGAACAAUAAGAAACCAGUGAUCUUGGUCUUACUGCUACUCUUGAUUGUUUCAAAUGGAGAGAGAUCUUCAUCAGUUGUAGAAGGAAGGGCACUCUCCUUAGUAUCCCAUCAAGAGUACUCUAAGAUUUUUUCUACACUUGGAGUUGUUUGCAAGUGUUGUGAUGGAAUUGAUGGUGCCUGCUCAAAUACUUGGACAAAUUCUUGCACUAAUUUGCAGUGUUUACCUUGGAAAUCUCACUAGUUCAUAAUCUUUUUUCAUUGAUUUCUUGUGUAUAUAAUUAUAGAUAUCAAGUUUAGGAAUAUUAGGUAAAGAAAUGAAAACAAUCUCUCAGUUUUGUAGUUUCUGUGUGACUUCGGUGGAAAUAUGUAUGUGUAUGUAUCUUUGGGACCUUAUCAAUUCAGGGUAGUUACAGUCUUACAGAUUGGAUUUCA